AUGUCGGAACAAAGCGUGACGGAGUUCAUCUACUUCCACGUCAAGGACAGCGUCCGACCCGAGGACCCCGCCCACAGCGACGAGGGCGCCGCUCUCCUGCAGGUCUUCCAGAACACCAAGCACCAGAACGGAUAUAAGGGGUCCGUCUGGGGCCGGGCCGUCGAGGAUGCGAGUUUGAUCGUUUGGGCGAUUGACUGGAACGACGCGCACACCGGCGCAAACCCGACCACGACCCUCGCCCCCUUCCUCCCAUCGGACAACGCCGAAAUCACCACCAUCUUCGCCACCCUAACCCCUUCCACCACCACCACCCCCUCCUCCGCUUCCGAGAACAACAAGAACCCAACCACCACCGAAACCCUCCGCAGCAACCCUACCACCGAACUGUGGACCCCCGCGUUCCCGACCUCCCUCAGCCCGGAGGAAGUCAACGCCGUGCACGCCGACCUCAUCGGCCUGCGCGCCGCCGUCACGGAGCGCCUCCCCGAAGGCAAACGGGCGGUGUCCUUUGCGAUGGGCCAGGUGGAGCGGCCGGGGACGAUGACGCACGAGCAGAGCGAGACCGGCGAGGCGUUUGUGGUGGUCGUGGCGGCCGGGUGGGCCAGCGUCGAGGUGCAUCUGGCGGGCAAGGAGACGGAGGCGUUCCAGACGGCCAUCGGGAAGGUCAGGGCCCGGUUGUUGGCGCCGGUUAGGGGGUUGGGGGGGUUGAAGCAUUUUGAGUUCGCGGGGGUUGAGUGA